AUGAUCACCAUACGUCUUGUCGUGGCCGUCACAGGGCCUAUAAAGAUGCAAAAGUCACACGCAACGAGACACACACGGGGCCUCAACUCAUCAAAGAAACAGAAACUCAAUCAAGUCGACAAUUGAUAUUUGUGAGCUUUGUUUUCUUGGAAAAAAAAAAAGAAUGCUCUUGCCAAUCCUGCUCCAACUCCUGAUCAUUGCAUCCAUAAAUGCUCAGGGUACUACGCCCACCCCAGCUGCCCUAACCACACCCAAUGCUGCCACCGGCAAUGCUGUGACCACAGUUAACAAUGCUGUGACUGGCAAUGCCGCAACCACUGCUGCUAACGCAGCAACUGGAAACGCUGCGACCACAGCUGGCAAUGCUGUGACGGGCAAUGCUGCAACCACAGCCGUGAACGCUGCAACUGGAAACGCUGCAACCACAGCCGUCAAUGCUGUGACGGGCAAUGCUGCAACCACUGCUGCGAACGCAGCAACUGGAAACGCUGCAACCACAGCCGCCAAUGCUGCGACUGGAAACGCUGCAACUACAGCUGUGAACGCUGCAACCACAGCCGUCAAUGCUGUGACGGGCAAUGCUGCAACCACUGCUAUGAACGCUGUGACUGGAAACGCUGCAACUACAGCCGUCAAUGCUGCAACCACAGCCGCCAAUGCUGCAACUGGUAAUGCUGCAACCACAGCUGUGAACGCUGCAACCACAGCCGUCAAUGCUGUGACGGGCAAUGCUGCAACCACUGCUAUGAAUGCUGUGACUGGAAAUGCUGCAACCACAGCCGUCAAUGCUGCAACCACAGCCGUCAAUGCUGCGACGGGUAACGCUGCAACCACAGCUGUGAACGCUGCAACCACAGCUGUCAAUGCUGCAACAGGAAACGCUGCAACCACAGCCGUCAAUGCUGCGACUGGCAAUGCUGCAACCACAGCUGUGAACGCUGCAACUGGAAACGCUGCAACCACAGCUGGCAAUGCUGCAACUGGCAAUGCCGCAACCACAGCCGUCAAUGCUGCAACUGGCAAUGCCGCAACUACAGCUGUGAACGCUGCCACCGGAAACGCUGCAACCACAGCCGCCAAUGCUGCAACUGGAAACGCCGCAACCACAGCUGUGAACGCUGCAACUGGAAACGCUGCAACCACAGGUGGCAAUGCUGCAACCACAGCCGGCAAUGCUGCAACCGGUAAUGCCACAACCACAGCUGGCAAUGGCGCAACUGGCAAUACCGGAGCUGCAACAACAAAUGCAAACAGCGCAACGACAACAAGCACCGCUGUUACGUCCAUCCACGUGAGUGGCGUCCUCUUUUGUCACGUCUGCGUGGCACUCCUUAAACUGUCCACAAUGUAAACCCGCUGGGGUGGUUGAUUUCAUUUAAAAUGCCACUGAAUGUGCACUGACAGGUCGAAACAAAGAUGUGGAUGUCUUGCAUUUUAAUGUUGUCAUUUUGAAAAGUAAAAAAAAAAAAAAAAAAAAAAAAAAAGUAACAAUUAUUUAACAUGUCAAUUAUGACACUGUGUGUGCGAGUAUUUUUAUUGUUUUAGUUCCCACUGCCAUUUUUAAAUAUGUAUGUGUAACUGUGAAAGUAUGGACUUGCAAUAUUGUACAGACUAUGUAAUUUAUUGAAUUGGCAUUCAUCAAGUGACAAAUAAAUUUAUUUCAAUAG